UUAUGACGGGGGGGUAACUUGAUUCCCAAGGCAACUGUUGCCACCGCAAAACACUAAGUGAAUGCAUAGGCAUGUUCCAGUUAAUCUCUAACUAGUGCUGGUGCACUCAUUUGCUGUAUUUAAAUUUGUGUUAUGAUUUACCAGAAAUCAGAAUUAGCAAGUUUAAGAAAAUCAUUUAAUUGUUCAGGUUAUUUGACACGUUGAGACUUUUCAUUCUACAAAGACUUCUCUGGUGGAUGAACAGAAGAACAGCUUGAACUACAAAAUGAGACUACCAGCUAUCUCUAUAGCUUCCACCCCCGUGUGGAUUCCUCAAAACACACAUCCUGUACGGCAGAGUCGCUGCCUGGUGGUCACCCAAACUACAUUUCCCUGCAUCUCAGACUCUGCCCGGCUGUGGGCAAGUACUCAGAGUAUCCCUAGACUGAAUCCUCUACAUCCACCUUCGGUUCAUAAACGCAUUGUCAGUCUUGAGACACCAGCUGUUCACCACCACAACCACCAGAGGACACUGAUAAUGCAGAGGAGAGAGCACCAGAGGUAUCACCAAGUGUGGAGAAAACCUUUUUAUGGAUCCAGCGGUGAGAGAGAUGAGUACAGGAAGGAGAUGUUAGAGCAUUUAAAGAGGCAGAUGGAGGAGAAAUGCAUUUCACUGAAGCUGCAGCUGGCCAGUAAAGUGAAGGAAGCCGAGUAUGUACGGGAAGUGGACCGCCUAGCACUGUCCAGUGAAAGAGAGCUAAGGAUCCAGCACAGCAAAGCAAUGACAGCCUACAGAGAUGAGAACAAGAGGCUAAUGGAGCAGAGCUGGAGGGACAGAGCACUCACACGCUCCCAGGAGAACCUGAAGGAGAGAGAGCUGCUCUGCCUCAACCCCAUUAACUGGAGUGGAACAUUGAAAUAGGUCAAACCCUCAACAUCCAGAGUCAAAACUUCAGGCUCGCCUCGCAGCGGUGUUUGGGCAUGCAUGAGAUUCAGAUGAAACUGGGAUGCAACAUAUUCUGUACAUGUAAUUAGUGCGGUGGUAGCUUUUAAAAAACCUAAGGGUUUUUCUAAACACAGAACCAAAUGAAAAUUAUGAUUUCUUACUUUAUCAAUGUUGCGUUAUUUACAGCUGUUGGUUCCAAUAAAGUAAAAGGCAGUUGAAAGACUUAUGAGCACUUGGGCAUUGAAUUCCUUCACCAUUAUCUGACUGAGGAUGGGCAGUUGUUUUUUGUUAUUUUCAAGAAUCAAAACUGACAAUGCCUUAAUUACCCACAAUGCAACCCAACCGCCAACAAGCGUGCUCUUUUUGACAACAGCCCUAGCCAAACAGCUCUCUCUGGAGAAACCAAAUACUUAACAGCUUUUUUCACCAGAGUUUAUGGAGUAUUUCUCCCCAAAACCUGCAAAAAGACUGAUUGGAAAAAUUUGUGAAGUUCCCCUUUAAUGGUUUCUCUCGGUAAAUGACUUUCUGCAUGUUCUAUAAUUUAGAAUGACAUGCGCAGUAGCAGAAACUCAAUGUCCACAAGUUUGAAUGUCGUAAUCACUGUUCAAAGAGCUUAA